GGUGGGAGGGAGCUAGGGCCCGUUAGGAGCCCGACCCCGAGGGUGCCGCCGGGGGUGGGGAGAGGACGGACCGACUGCGAGAGAUCAGCGAGAGGCAGCCGCUGAGCAGGCAGCGUGGAGGCUGCGGCGGCGGCGGGACUCGGGAUGAUGCAGUCAGAGGCGGUGGCAGCAGCAACAGCAGCAUCUCGCCGCCGCCGUCUCCGCCUGCACAGCCUUCCGUGCCCAGCGAGGCCGCAGCUGCAGAGCCUUUGAGGCCGCGGAGCUGCCUCUGCUGCACCUCCGCCGCGGUUCCUGGCGUGGGCUUGACAGCGCGGUGGUGGAGACAGACUACGAGCGGCUGCGGAGUGACCUGAAAAGACGUGCUGAAAAGAAGACACAUAAAGCAGUUUUUGCUGGAUUCAGGAGAAACUCCAAAAGCUAGAACCUUGGUCUUGGGACAUGAAGUGAUGAACUAUGAACUUGGGUCUCAGCAGCUGUGUUUUCCAGGAAGAACCAGCAGUUAUAUGGCUCACGUUUGACAACAUGCACCACCAGUGGCUUCUGUUAGCUGCGUGCUUUUGGGUGAUUUUCAUGUUUAUGGUUGCCAGCAAGUUCAUCACUUUAACCUUUAAAGACCCAGAUGUGUAUGGUGCCAAACAAGAGUUCCCAUUCCUGACAACUAUGCCAGAAUUAGAAAAGUGGAGAGAGGAGAAACACUUGCCUAAAGAACUAAAGCCAACUGGAAAAGUGCUUUCUGGAAACCGGCUUAACCAGCCCAUGGUCCACAUGGAGCGUCUGGAAUUACUCAAAAACGUCUGCCGAGAUGCAGCUCUGAGGAAUCUCUCACACACCGCAGUCUCAAAGUUUGUCUUAGACCGAAUAUUUGUCUGCGACAAACACAAGAUUCUCUUCUGUCAGACUCCCAAAGUGGGCAAUACACAGUGGAAAAAAGUUCUGAUUGUUUUAAAUGGAGCUUUUCCUUCUAUUGAAGAGAUACCAGAAAAUGUGGUACACGACCAUGAAAAAAAUGGCUUGCCACGUUUGUCAUCUUUCAGUGACUCUGAAAUUCAGAAACGCUUGAAAUCAUACUUCAAAUUUUUUAUCGUAAGAGAUCCUUUUGAAAGACUCAUUUCUGCUUUUAAGGACAAGUUUGUACAUAACCCUAGGUUUGAGCCUUGGUAUCGGCAUGAGAUCGCUCCUGGCAUCAUUAGAAAAUAUAGACGGAAUCGAACAGAAACCAGGGGUCUUCAGUUUGAGGACUUUGUGCGUUACCUGGGGGACCCAAACCAUAGGUGGCUAGAUCUGCAGUUUGGGGACCACAUCAUUCAUUGGGUAACAUAUGUAGAACUGUGCGCACCCUGUGAAAUAAACUAUAGUGUGAUUGGACACCAUGAGACCUUGGAGGAAGAUGCUCCAUAUAUCCUGAAGGAGGCUGGGAUUGAUCAUCUAGUAUCUUACCCAACAAUUCCGCCAGGCAUUACUGUGUAUAACAAGACCAAGGUGGAGCACUACUUCUUGGGAGUAAGCAAAAGAGACAUACGCCGUCUAUAUGCACGUUUUGAAGGAGACUUUAAGCUCUUUGGGUAUCAGAAGCCAGAUUUUUUGUUAAACUGAUGCCUGGGACCUAUGAGGAAAGAAGUGUCUUCCUUAAACCAAGGGAUAUCCAGCUGUGUACUUGAACCCAGAACUGGUUUCCUGAACUGCACCUUCAUUUUCUAAAGUUCCCAGUUGAUAACCAUUGGCCAGAUGUUAGCUCUUUGGCAUGUGAAAUGGAACCCCUCUUAGUAACCAUCGUUCAUUUGUGCAUAGGGGUCAUUGAGUGGCACCAUGGCAACCAGGACACCCCUGGCCUUCCAUUCUCCCCAGGAACAAAGAGAAGAAUUUAAUCUGCAAAGGUGGGGGGAGGGGUUGAGGAGAAUAAUACAAUUUUAAGAGUGGUUUUGGACAGCAAUUGAAGAGAAAGACUUAAUCGCUAAUGAAUUAAUGAACUGUAGGUGGAAUUGUCAUUUGUGAGUUGCCAGUAAUGGUACCUAGUGCUGACAGAAAGAAUAGAGAAGUUAACAGGCUGUGAAAAUUGUAAAGACUAAAAUUUGAUGAUGAAAUUAUACCUCUGGGUUUCAUUUUUUUUCUUUUUACUUCUAUAAAAACUGAGGAAAGACUCUUUUUUGUUGUUUCUUCAUAGUCACAGUGGAGAGAAUUUGAUUCCUCUCCCACUCCGAUUCAGUUAUGUCCCAAAGAGCAACUUCAGGAGGUUUUCUUAGUGGAGAAAACGCACCUGCGUAAUGAUGUUCUAAAUGCUGAGCCUUUGUUGGCCAAGCAGUUUACUUGCCCCCGUCUAAGAAUUCCAAAGUUCAUAGUGUUAGAUUGCUUGAGAUGAAAGGGAGAAUGUGGAUUCUUCCUCUCUGAAAAGGGCAAUUCUUUAUAAGCAUUAAGGAAAGCUUAGGUUGAUUUUUUUAAAAAAUCUUUUUAAUUUUGAAGCCUGGCUUUGCUCUCAGCUUAAUAAAUACCAUCUUGACACUGCUUUUUAAACACUUCACCCAUUAGCAACCAAUAUUUGAAUGCCCUACUCUGAACAGGGGCAGUACAGUAUGGGGUGCUUGGUAGGGUCUCCUACUACUUAUUCCAAGGUGCCUGUCCUGGUCCUAGGCCUGCAUUGUUAGUAUAUGAGGAAGGCAGGGAUGUUAUUCAUUGUCCUUGCCUUGGAUCUCAGCAAAAUGCCCUAGAAUGGGACCAUGGCUUCUACUUGCAUUUCUAAAAAAGUUGUGAGUUUGAGUUCACCAGCAAUAAAAUCCAGCAACGUUAAUUUGUUUGCUGGCCCCUCCUGGGGUAAGAUUGUCAUUAGCAAUUUUAGCAGUAUCAGAAUAGAUCCCUGAGGUGAAAGAGUCAACAGCAGAGGAUGACCCUCCCCUAGGGUAUCAGUCUCCCUCUAGGUACUGAAGGGGAAGGAGUGGAAUAUGAUCAGAUCUUACCAUUGCUACCACAUCUAAAGAAAUACCCUAGGUAGGAAAGGGCAAAGCCCUCACAGAUGAACCAUAUACUACUCCAUCUGAAGGUGGAGUUAAAAAAAAGGGGAGGGGAUUCUCUCUAAUAGGUGAAGUAGCAAAAUAAGUCUUGACUUCCAUAUUGAUGAGGUGGCAGUCUCUCUCUCUCCCUCUCUCCCCACUCUCUCUCUCUUCCCUCCCCCUUCCUCCCUCUCUCCCCCUUCCUUUCUUUUUCUACUUUCCUCCCACCCUCUCUCUCUACCUCUCCCUCCCACUUGUCAUUUCUCUACCUUCCUCCCCCCCUCUCCCUUUCUCUCCUUCCCUCCCUCCCACUUGUCAUUUCAAGGACUGAUGACAGUGGUGUGGGCCUGGUAGAAAGAAAUCAAUUAAAGAAUUAAAGCUCAGGUGCAGUAUGGCCUGGAAGUUAGCUGCAAAAGCUGACGUCUUGCCUGCUUAGGGGUAUUUCUCAAUAUCUUAUCUGUAACCUGCCCUUUGAAUAAUACUGUGUAUGUGCGUGUGUGAUAUGCAAGAAUAUUAAAUGAUACCAAUGAUAGCAGGAGAGGUCCAGGCAGCAACGUGAGUGAUAUAAAGAAAAGUUGUUGGAUUUGGGGUCAAAGGGCCUGGGUUCAAAUUCUGACCCCGUCACUACCUAUGUGACUUUGGAUAAGUCACUUGACUUCCAUGGGUCCCAGUUUCCUCAUCUGCAAAGGGAAGGGGUUGGACUGGGUAGUGUCUGAGGUCCCUUCCAGCUCCAAAGGGUUUCAUGAUCUUUACAACCAGCCACCCAAUUUGUCCUGAUGGCAUCCUAUGGAAGUGAGAAGGGGCCUCGAUACUUGAGAAUUGAAAAGAAAAAUAAGAUUUAAAAUAUGUGCCAAACCUGACAUGUGCUGCAGCUCAGAAAAAUGUAAUAUAAUAGCUGAACAUCAUCCCAGACACAUCUUGACACACUAAUUGGUCUAAGGGAGGAGCACUCAACUGACUAUUGUUAACAGGAGGGUCUAAAGGAGCAAAAGCUUAAAUGCUAUUGUGUGGUGGGCUUUUGUUUUUGACAGAUGCAAUUACAGAAUCAUAGACUUGUUAGUCCUUAACCGAUGUGUGAAGGAUGUAACCUUUGAGUUAUUUUUAUAAGAUGUCUUAGCCAAGUCCAUUGUUGAAUACAUUUCAGACCUAAUGACUUGAUCGAUUACCUCUUUGCUGACUUCAAAUGUACCAAUGUGAAUAAUGUUAUUGUGAAUUAAGGCCUUAAGGUUAGUCCU